AUGCAUCUCCCAACUCUCCUCGCAUUUACUGCGCCGGUCUUGGCCUCUUAUCGCUUCAAUCCCCUGGAACAUUCCGCCGGGAUAGCUCCUUACUUCACCCCCCACAACCCCCCAAUUCAAUCCGCCCCUCCACAAGGAUGUAAUGUGACUAGAGCGUCUUAUCUCGUUCGCCAUGCCGCCAUCUACGCCAAUGAUUUCGAUUACGAGACCUAUCUCGAGCCCUUGAUUGAAAAGCUACACAACACAACGCAGGACUGGAAACAUACGAAGACUCUCAAGUUUUUGUCAAACUGGACCGCCCCAGUCAACGAGGAACAUCUGGAGAAGCUAACUGCCGUUGGACUACGAGAGGCGCGGGCUCUAGGCGUCAGCCUUCACAAAAAUUAUGCACACCUCAAAUCGCCUGCUAAGGUCUGGUCGUCCACGGCAGACCGCACUGUGAAAAGCGCCGAGAGCUUCAUUUCAGGCUUUACCGGAAAUCACACCGGCGCAAUCAACUUGACUCAAAUUGAAGAAAGCAAGACUGCUGGCGCAGACUCCCUGACGCCCUACAAGGGUUGCUCAGAGUACAGCUCUUCAUACGGCAGUGAUCAAUCUUCCUCUUUCAUCAAAGCGUACACCAAGCCCAUUAUCGCGCGCCUGAAGGCCGAAGCACCCUCUUUCAACUUCACCCAAGACGACAUAACCGGCAUGUUCGAGCUCUGCGGAUACGAGACCGUCAUCCGGGGAUCUUCACCAUUCUGCGCACCUAAUCUCUUCACACAAGAGGAGUGGCUAUCUUUCGAAUACGCCAAUGAUCUCAUGUACUUCCACAACACAGGCUAUGGUCGGCCCCUUUCUGCAGCCAUUGGGUUCCCGUGGGUGAAUGCCAGUGUUGCAGCCCUGGACGACGAGUCUUCAUCGCAGGAACUCUAUGUCUCUUUUACGCACCGUGAACUACCACCCACUGUUAUCACUGCGCUGGGUCUGUAUAACAACAGUGCGUAUACGGGUGCGAACCACGUUAAUGAUACCAUGCCCCUGGAUCGAGUCAACUAUAACCGUGCUUGGAAGAGUAGUGAGAUUCUUCCAUUCUUGACCAAUAUUGCGGUUGAGAAGAUGUCGUGCAAGAGUUACGGAUAUGAUGAGGGAGAGUAUUACCGCAUUUUGAAUAAUGCUAGCCCUCAGCCUUUGGUGGAUUGUCGAGAUGGACCUGGUGGAAGUUGCUCGAAGAAGCAGUUCCACAAGUUCCUCGAUGAGAGAGAGGAGUUGUACGGUAAUUACAACAAGGCUUGUGGUGGUAGUGACCUCCCGGAGUCGUUGUCUAUCUACGAGGCAUAA